AUGGGAAAUUUGGCUCUAAUCGUUGACCUUAAUGAAGAAAUUCCGCUGACACUAAAUCGAGAAGUCUUUGUCUGGAUGGAGUAUGCGUCAGUCGUUGGGAUCGUUUUCAACCUUUUUGGCCUCUGGGUGAUUGGAUUCCAUACGCCGCAAUCGAUGCGUGAUUUCGGAAUUGCGCUAACUGCGUACCAGGUGCUCGUGCUGCUCACCGAUGCGCUGCUAAGCUCGAUUCUAUCCCCCUAUUUCAUCUUCCCAAUUCCUGGUGGUUAUCCGACUGGUUGGCUAUGGGAACUGGGUGUUUCUACUCAACUACAAACGAGCCUCGGCAUCGUUAUCGGGUUUCAUACGGAGGUGCUGCUGAUGAUUAUGUUUAUGCUUCGACAUCAAGCCAUUAUGCCAGCGACACAUUUCUUAAAAUUUAAACCCAGGCCAAUGUUCUGCUUUUACAUUAUCCUCCAAUUAUGCGUUUACCUCAACGUGAUCGUAGUAUCGAUCUACAUUUUCUAUGGCGAUGACCAAGAGGCGACAAAAGCGAUGUAUUUGGACAGCUAUCCGAUACUUCGGCAGUUUCUGGAGAUCCCUCGUUGCUACACCUUCACCCCCGACAACGGCCUGAUUGUUGUUUAUGGUGUGGCCGGGUGGACAGUACUCACGUUUAUCGUAAUUCUCGCAGCCAGCGUGUCAAGUUUUCACGUACUUCACGUAAAGCAGCAUACGAUGAGCGUGCAGACGCAUCGGCUACAGAAACAGUGGAUGAAGAAUUGCUUAUUGCAGGUAUCAGUGCCGUUUGCCUUUGUCGUCGCACCGGUCAUCGCGUUGAUUCUAAUCGUGGUCUUCGAAUCAACGGUUUAUUUCGGUGACCCGGUUAUCGCGACUUACGCUAAACUGGAUCUAGUUCCUGGCGGUUAUCCGACUGGCUGGCUAUGGGAAUUGGGUGUUUCGACGCAAUUGCAAACUAGCAUCGGUCUUGCCGUGGCGCUUCACACCGAAGCCCUUCUGAUGGUCAUGUUCAUGCUGAGGCACCAAGCAAUCAUGCCGGCUACGCACUUGCUAAAGUUUCGACCGAGACCUAUGUUCUGCUUCUACGUCGCUCUUCAGCUAUUCGUUUACAUUCUAGUGCUGGUGAUGUCCUGCAUUAUUUUUCAUGGCGAUGAUCAAGUGGCAACGAAGGCUGUGUACUUAGAGAAAUAUCCAAUGCUUCGUCAAUUCCUGGAGAUUCCUCGUUGCAUGGCCUUGUCUAAAGCUGGCGGGCUUAUCGUGGCGUAUGGUGGUGGCGCUUGGACCAUAUUCACAUUUCUAGUUAUGCUCGUAGUCGCCAUGUUUUUCAACGCGUUUGGAGUGUGGGUGAUCGGGUUUCAUACUCCAAAUACGAUGCGUGCUUAUGGGAUUGCAUUAACAGCGUAUCAGAUCUUGUCGUUUCUAACCGACGCGUUCCUCAGCUGGAUCCUUAGCCCCUACUUUAUUUUCCCGAUCCCGGGCGGUUAUCCAAACGGCUGGUUAUGGACGUUUGGUGUCUCGACUCAAGUGCAGAUCGUGAUCGGUCUCUCUGUAGCUGCUCACAUGAUCUCGUUGCUGAUGAUCAUGUUCAUGCUCAGACAUCAGGCGAUUAUGCCGCCGACUCAUCUGCUCAAGUUUGACCCCAGUUAUAUGAUCGGGUUCUACAUUGGUCUACAGUUUUUUGCAUAUACGCACGUUAUAAGUGUUAGCAGCUAUGUCUUCUAUGACGACGACGUUGCCGCGACUAAGGCUUACUACUUAGAGCGCUACUUCAUGUUUCGAGAGUUCCUGGAGGUGCCACGGACUUACGUCUUCACACCCGCCAAUGGGUUCCUCGUCGUCAGCAACGUUUUCGCCUGGGCGAUCGCGCUACUUGUAUUGGUGUUAGGCGCCAGCUUUUCCAGCUUCCACGUCUUGCACGUGAGGCGGCAUAUGAUGAGCGAGAAGACGUACAACCUGCAGAAAAAGUGGAUGAAGAACUGUCUGUUGCAGGUAUCAAUUCCGCUGAUCACCAUUGUCCUCCCCGUCGUGAUCGCCGUCAUCGAUAUAGCGCUUGAUCUCGUGGUGAUUUUUGUCUGGGUCCAACCUCGCACGUUCGUCCUCUCCGAGACCUCUACGAUUGCCGUCACAAAGCAGACCAGAAUGGCUACCAAAAUGAGGGUGGCGGCAGCGAAUGCUAGUUUCAUGUCGAACUCACCACUCGAGAGCACGAUGAACGAUGUGGGA